AAACCCCCCAAAUCCCCCUCCCCGGACCCCCCCGGACACCUGAGACGCCCCAAAUCCCCCUCCUCGGACCCCCACCCCAUAGGAGCACCUGAGCCCCCUCCGCUCCGGGCGGGAGGAGGCUCCCCCCAUUGAAGGGGUGGGGGGGUAGUCCCAGCCAUGGCCGCCGACCCGGGGGACCCCAAAUCCCCCCCCAAAUCCCCCCCCCAGUCCCCCCCCAAACGGUUCUUCCGGCACAGCGUGGAGGUGCUGGUGGUGGUGGGGGGGGCCGGGGAGCGGGGGGGGGAGCCCCCCGCGGGGGGGGGCGAGGAGGAGGAGGCCGGGAUGAAGGCAGUGGCCACCUCCCCGGGGGGGCGAUUCCUCAAGUUCGACGUCGAGCUCGGCCGGGGGGCCUUUAAAACCGUGUUCAAGGGGUUCGACACCGACACCUGGGUGGAGGUGGCCUGGUGUGAGCUCCAGGACCGGAAGCUGACGAAGGUGGAGCAGCAGCGCUUCAAGGAGGAGGCCGAGAUGCUCAAGGGGCUCCAGCACCCGAACAUCGUCCGGUUCUACGACUCCUGGGAGUCAACGCUGAGGGGCAAGAAAUGCAUCGUCCUCGUCACUGAGCUCAUGACCUCAGGCACCCUCAAGACGUACCUGAAGAGGUUCAAGGUGAUGAAGCCCAAGGUGCUGCGGAGCUGGUGCCGCCAGAUCCUGAAGGGGUUGCAGUUCCUGCACACCAGGACCCCCCCCAUCAUCCACCGCGACCUCAAGUGUGACAACAUCUUCAUCACGGGCCCCACUGGCUCCGUCAAGAUCGGGGACCUGGGGCUGGCCACGCUCAUGAGGACCUCCUUCGCCAAGAGUGUCAUCGGGACCCCUGAGUUCAUGGCCCCCGAGAUGUAUGAGGAGCGUUACGACGAGUCCGUGGAUGUUUACGCCUUCGGGAUGUGCCUGUUGGAGAUGGGCACGUCCGAGUACCCCUACUCUGAGUGCCACAACGCCGCCCAGAUCUACAGAAAAGUCACCAGUGGCAUCAAGCCGGCGAGUCUGCACAAGGUUCGGGACCCCGAGGUGAAGGAGCUCAUCGAGGGCUGCAUCCGGCAGAACCGGGACGAGAGGCUCUCCAUCCGGGACCUCCUGGCACACUCGUUCUUCGCCGAGGACACGGGGCUGAGGGUGGAACUGGCCGAGGACCCCGGGGGUCCCGACCCCGCCCUGGCCCUGCGGCUCCGCGUCGAGGACCCCAAGAAGCUCAAGGGGAAGCACAAGGACAACGAGGCCAUCGAGUUCAGCUUCGACCUGGACACCGACGACCCCGACGAGGUGGCCCAGGAGAUGGUGAGAUCUGGGUUCUUCCACGAGAGCGACUCCAAGGCCGUGGCCAAAUCCAUCCGGGACCGGCUGGUGCUGGUGCGGAGGGCGCGGGAGCGGCGCCCGGGGGGAUCCCGGGGGGGCCCCGAGAACGAGGACCCUGAGGUGGAUCAGCACGUCAGGCAGCAGCUGCUGGGGCAGCAGCCCCCAAACAACGCCGAGGGGCUCCCAGAGAACGGACCCCCCCCGGAAGUCACCGGGACCCCCCUGGAGGUCACCGGAGCCCCCCUGGACCCCCAGGGCUCAGCAGGGCCCCCCCCGGUGCCCCCCGGGGCCGAGGGGACAUCGGGGGACGUCGCCGGAGGGGUCCCGGCACAGCCCCCUGAGGGGGAUGUCGGGGUCACCCCCCUGCAGGUGGCACCGGGGGCACCGGGGCCGGGGGUGGCACUGGGGGUGACACCGGCUCCGGAAACGCCACCGGGCCUGGGGAUGCCACCGCCCCAAGGGAUGCCCCUGGGACCAGGAGCGUUGUCGGGUCUGGAAGUGUCACCAGCUCCAGCGAUGGCACCGGCUCUGGGGGUGGCACCAGCUCCAGCAGUGCCACCAGCCCAAGUGAUGCCACCAGCUCCAGCAGUGCCACCAGCCCAAGUGAUGCCACCAGCUCCAGGAGUGCCACCUCCAGCUGGGAUACCGCCAGCUCUGGGAGUGCCACCAGGUCCAGCGGUGCCACCAGCCCACGGGAUGCCACCGACUCUGGAGGUGGCACUGGGUCUGGGAGUGUCACCAGCCCCAGGGGUGCCACCCCCGGCUGUGAUGCCACCACAGUUGGUCCCCAUUGUGCAGCUGCAGCCGGUCCCUGGGAUGCCACCAACAGUCCCCGGGAUGGCACCAGCAGUCCCCGGGAUGGCACCAACAGUCCCAGUGAUGGCACCAGGUCCAGGGGUGUCACCAUGCCCAGUGAUACUCCCAGGUCCAGGGGUACCACCACAGCCCGUCCCCACCGUGCAGCCACAGCUGGUGGCAGGGAUGUCACUGGCUCCAGGGAUGCCACCAGCCAUGGGGAUGUCACCAGCCUUGGGGGUGCAACCAGCCCUGAGGGUGCCACUGGGUACAGGGAUGCCACCAGUUGUGGGGAUGCCACCAGCUCCAGGAGUACCACCAACCCCAGCAAUGGCCACGGGGAUGCCACCAGCUCCAGAGAUGCCACCACUGUCUGUGAUGCCACCAGCCCAAGGAAUGCCACCUCCACUCAUGAUACCACCAGCUCCAGAGAUGCCACCACCGUCCCCGAUGCCACUGGCCAUGGGGAUGUCAACAGUCCAAGGGAUGCCACCAACUGCUGGGAUACCACCAGCUCCAGAGGUGCCACCUCCAUCUGUGAUGCCACCAGCCAUGGGGAUGUCACCAGCCCUGGGGGUGCCACCAACCCAAGGGAUGCCACUUCCAUGUGUGAUGCCACCAGCUCCCCUGAUGCCACCGGUCCCAGGGAUACCACCAGCAGUUGGGAUGCCACCGGUGCAGGGGAUGCCACCAGCUCCUGAGAUGCCACCUCCAGCCGUGAUGCCUCCAGCCCCAGGGAUGCCACCAGUGCAGGGGGUGCCACCAGCUCCAGAGGUGCCACCUCUAUCUGUGAUGCCACCGACCCCACAGAUGCCACCACCAGCCAUGGGGGUGUCACCGGCCCCAGAGAUGCCACCACCAUCUGUGGUGCCACCGGCCCCGGGGGUGCCACCAACUGUGGGGACAUCACCAGCCCUGGGGGUGCCCCCCGUGCCAGCAGGUGCCCCCCCCGAGGCUGCCAUGCUGCUCUGUGUCCCCGACGUCCCCGAUGUCCCCAACGUCCUGGAUGUCCCCGAUGUCCCCAAAGCGGAGCGGCCCCGGCAGCGCCGCCCGUCCUGCGCCCGCAGCCCCCGGUUCCAGCUCACGGUGCUGCAGGUGUCCUCGCGCGGUGACAACACGGUGGAGUGUCAGCUGGAGACCCACGACAGCAAGAUGGUGACGUUCCGCUUCGACGCCGACGGGGACGCACCCGAGGACAUCGCCUGCUACAUGGUCGAGGACAAUUUCCUGCUGGAGGGGGAGCGGGACAAGUUCGUGCAGGAGCUCAAGGCCAUCGUGGCCCAGGCCCGGGAGCUCCUCGGGACCCCCCCGCAGGACCCCCAGGUGGGACCCCCAGAGCCGGCAGGGGGGGGGGAAGGACCCCCCCAAUCGUCCCCCGUGGGGCGCUGGAGGUUCUGCAUCAACCAAACCAUCCGGAACCGGGAGCCCACCGGCCCCGGGGGACCCCCCCCUGCCCGCAGAGACCUGGGCAUGGCCCGGGGGGGGCCCACGGACACGGCCCCGGAUCCUGAGAGUCCCCAGGGACAGGGGGCAACUGUCCCCAAACCUGGUGACCCGGGGGGGCCCCAGGGACAGGGAACAAGUGUCCCUGACCCAGGUGGCCCCCAGGGACAGGGAACAGUUGUCACUGUCCCCCAGGAGGUGGCUGAGCCCACGGCGAUGGUCCCCAAGCCCCAAGUGCUGGGGGUCCCCAGCCCCUCAGAGCAGGAGGGUCCUGGACCCCCUGAUGGGACUGUCCCCAAAGUAGAGACCCCCAGCCCUGGGGACCCGGCCCUGGGUGACCCCCAGGGACAGGGAUCAGGUGUCACCAGCCCUGGGGGACAGGAGGGACCCCCGGAGCUGGAGAUGCCCCCAGGACCUCCAGGGACCAUUGACACAGGACCCCCAGGGGACCCCCCAGGACAGGGGCCAGUUGUCAUGGGACCCCCAGGCCCAGGGGACCCCCAAGGACGGGGGACAAUUGUCACCAGCGUUUGGGGUCAGGAGGGACCCCCGGAAUCGGAGGAGCCCUGCUGCCCCCCCGCCCGCCCCCCGCCCGGGGGGGGCUCGUUCCCGCUGGGUCUCUGCCCCCGCCUGCGCAGCCCCUCCAGGAAGGGGUGGGGGCGGCGCCUCAAGAGCUGGGCCCGGCGCCUGCGGCCCCCCCCCGCCGGGGGGGGGGACCCUAAAGCAGAGGAGCCGGAGGAACUCGGGGACCCCCCCCAGGGGGAAAACUGCCAGCCGCCCCCCGACCCCGAGGAGGGGGACUCGGGGGGCCCCAGCUCGGGCAGUGAGAGCGGGGGGGUGGGGGGGCCCCCGCACCCCCCCGGGGCCCCCCCGCGCCCCCCCGGGCCCCCCAAGACCCCCCAGACCCCCCUGAGCAGCGACGGGGACUCGGAGCCCGAGGACGGGGCCCUGCGGGAGCAGCUCCGGAGCCUCCGGGACAAGCACACGCGGGAGGUGCUGGAGCUGCGGGCGCGGCAGGACCGGGAGCUGCGGGAGCUGCUGCGGAGGCUCCGCGGGGACCUCCCGGAACGGACCCCCCCACACCCCCACCCCCAGCACGGCCCGGGGGGGUCCCCGAGGAGGCUCCGGGGGGCCCGGGCCCGGGGGAGGGGCCGGGGGGGGGCCCCGACAGGCCCCUCGACCCCCCCAGCUCCCCUGAAGCCCCCCCCGGCCCCCCCAGAAAAGGGGCUUUUCACGGACGACCUGCACAGGCUGGUGGACGAGUGGGUGCAGGACACGGCCCGGGCACAGGGAACCUCGUCGUGGGUCUCGACCCUUCGUGGCACUCGCGGGACCCCCCAAAAAUGGGGGGAGCUGCCCCCCCCCAAACCCAACCUCCCUCCGGGGGCUGACGCGCAGAGGCCGCUGCGGCGGAGCCGGAGCUGGGCCCGGGCCCCCAGCGGCGGCGGACACCGCGCGGAGCCGGAGGAGCGGCCGCGGGAGGCGCUCAGGCCGCGCCGCGCUGAGGCCUAG